UAUGGAUGGAAACAAAAAAAACGAGGAAAUGAUUCUUUCUUUUCUCCCUAUAAAUAAACCAACUCCAACGGCAUAAGGAGGACAUCCAGCCAGCCAAUUUUUCCCAUACUCUCUCUGUUUUUUUGCUUCAAUCGCACCUCGCUUCUAAGAAUUUCUUCAAUUUUUUUCCUGGUUUGCGGAGAUUAAAGGGAGAGAGCCUGGUUUGAGGUUUGAGAAGAGAACUCUGUUUCUCGAUCGAUCUCCCUUUCCAGCAUUUCUUGGAGUGAAGUGGAGGUGAAAGAAGAAAGUAGGAAGAGAAGAGAAGAGAUGGCUUCUUCACAACCCAAGAAUGUGGGGAUUCUCGCAAUGGAAAUCUACUUCCCUCCCACUUGUAUUCAGCAGGAAGUGUUGGAGGCACAUGAUGGAGCAAGCAAAGGGAAGUACACAAUUGGGCUGGGCCAAGACUGCAUGGCCUUCUGUACUGAGGUUGAAGAUGUCAUUUCCAUGAGUAUGACAGCUGUCACUUCGCUUCUUGAGAAGUAUGGGGUUGAUCCCAAACAGAUUGGUCGUCUGGAAGUUGGAAGCGAAACUGUACUUGAUAAGAGCAAAUCCAUUAAGACAUUCUUGAUGCCAAUCUUUGAGAAACAUGGAAAUACCGACAUAGAAGGUGUUGACUCAACCAAUGCGUGCUAUGGAGGUACUGCUGCACUAUUUAACUGUGUCAAUUGGGUGGAAAGUAGUUCAUGGGAUGGACGAUAUGGGCUCGUUGUCUGCACCGACAGUGCGGUCUAUGCCGAAGGACCAGCUAGGCCUACUGGGGGAGCUGCAGCUGUUGCUAUGCUAAUAGGGCCAAAUGCUCCUAUUGCUUUCGAAAGCAAGCUCAGGAGCAGUCACAUGGCUCACGUUUAUGAUUUUUACAAGCCUGAUCUUGCCAGUGAAUAUCCAGUUGUUGAUGGCAAGCUUUCUCAGACUUGUUACCUCAUGGCACUCGAUUCUUGUUACAAAAGCCUAUGUCACAAGUAUGAGAAGCUAGAAGGAAAGCAGUUUUCAGUUGCUGAUGCUGACUACUUCGUAUUUCAUUCUCCAUACAACAAGCUUGUACAGAAAAGCUUCUCAAGACUCUUAUUCAAUGACUUUUUGAGCGGUGCUAGCUCCAUUGAUGAGGCUGCUAAAGAAAAGUUGGCUCCUUUUUCAUCACUAACCAUCGAUGAGAGCUACCAAAGUCGCGACCUUGAGAAGGCAUCCCAACAAGUUGCGAAGCCACUAUAUGAUGCAAAGGUGCAGCCAUCUACCCUGAUACCAAAACAAGUCGGGAACAUGUACACCGCCUCACUCUACGCUGCAUUUGCAUCCCUUCUUCACAAUAAAAACAGCACUUUGGCUGGACAGAGGGUGAUAUUGUUUUCGUAUGGAAGUGGUUUGACAGCCACCAUGUUUUCUCUUCGUCUAAACGAGGGUCAGCAUCCUUUUAGCCUGUCGAACAUUGCAACCAUAAUGAAUGUUUCCGAGAAGUUGAAGUCAAGGCAUGAGUUCCCUCCAGAAAAAUUCAUCGAAACAAUGAAGCUGAUGGAGCAUAGGUAUGGAGGAAAGGACUUCGUGACAAGCAAGGACUGUAGUCUUCUAGCAGCCGGCACAUACUAUCUAACCGAAGUGGAUUCCAAGUACCGAAGAUUCUAUGCCAAGAAGGGUAAUGAGAACGGUACUCUCGCAAAUGGUCAUUGAAGUUGGUCUCCACCAUGACAGUGCUGUGAAAAUAACUAUGUUUUUCAUUGUCUAGCAUAAGCUUCAAGUUCUUUCCGGCGGAUAAUUCUUGUCUGCAGUCUGUAAGAAUUUCUCAUUUUGGUUUUCUGUAUGUCGAACAGAAGAAUGUUGUAAAAGAAAUCAUGGCUGCAUAGCCCUUUAUCCUAAAUCGUAAUGAAAUUGUUGAGCAUCUCGGCCCGACAAAGUCCCACAA